GAUCCAUUCUUUGCACUGAACUGUGCCGUGGUUAUUUUAACAGCCGUUUCCCAUAUUUAUUAAUAGCAAAUAAAUAUUUUACUCGUGCGUUGUGUUUAUUUUUUUUUGGUUGUGGUUCAAGUCAAUCAUGAAGAGGGAAGGUCAGCGGCGUCGACCCAAGUCACUGAAACAGUUUCAAGUGGCCGUGCAGAGGUUCGUGGAAACGACGGCGGCCAAAACGGACGGGGACCAGCACCAGGAUCCCGGCCUCGGGGCCAGGAGGAUGAAAAGUAGGAAGGAGAUGAGGAAGGAGCGGAGGAUGUUGAAGAAGCGCAGGAUGAGAGAUUAUUAUCAGAGGAAGCACCUGAACCGCAGCCCCGGGAGUGGGGAGGGCGGUGAUAGCGGCGUGGAACCGCCAUCGGCGAAAGGGGGAACCGUCGAGGGAGAAGGUAUCACUGGGCCGGGGUCGCUCGAGGAGAAGGUGGAAAGGGAGGAGGCGGCACCACUGUCUCCACGGGUAGCCAAGAAGAAAGCCAAGAAUAAGCAAACCCGGAGAAUGGGCUUGCUGGAGGCCAACGAGGAGGAGGAGAGAGAAAUCAAGCGGCUGGAGAAAGCACUGGGGCUCAACAAGCGCAAAAAAAGAAGUGCCAUCCCGCAGGCCUUCGCCCGGGACGGUCUGGAUUAUAUCCUGGGGAUCGUUGAACCCGGCGCCGCCGUCUUGUCGGGGUUGUACGAGAGUGACGAUGAGAUGAACGCAGUGGAAGGGGAGUUGAUGAAUCAGGGGGUCGACUGUGAUCCGAGUCAAACUGAGAAUCGAGAGGGCUCAGUAGAGGAUUCAGACUUUGGUCAGGAGAGUGACGCGGAUCGUGACAGUGUGGUGGAAAUGGAAGCUUCUCACAACGAGGGUGAUGAUGAUGAUGAAGAUAGUUCCGAGCCAGACCAACCAACAUGUGGAAACACAGGGGAGCAAACAUGGAAUGAGGACACUGUUUCCAGGAAGUAUAUUCCCCCACAAUUGCGUGAAAUAGCUGAAACUAUGGAUGCAAAGAAGAAGGAAGAACUUACAAGACUGAAGAAGAAUGUAAAAGGACUUCUGAAUAGAUUAAGUGCACCUAAUAUGGCCUCCAUUAGUAGUCAGCUUGAAGAGCUUUAUAUGACAAACAGCCGGAAAGACAUGAAUGAUACCCUAACAGAUGUCCUCUUAGCGGCCUGUGCCACUCCAGCCUUGAUGCCCAAUAGAUUGAUGAUGGAGCACGUACUGUUAAUCAGCAUUCUUCAUCACAAUGUUGGAAUUGAGGUUGGAGGCCAUGUUUUGGAGGCAAUAGUAAAGCAAUUUGAUGAACAUUCUAGAAGUACCAGUGAAACAAAAGAAUGCGAUAAUUUAAUCAAUUUGAUUGCACACAUCUACAACUUCCAUAUUAUACACUCUGUGUUGGUGUUCGAUAUUCUUAAGAAACUCACAAGCAACUUCAAGGAGAAGGACAUUGAGCUAAUCCUUCUUUUACUGAAACAAGUGGGAUUUACCCUUCGGAAGGACGACGCUGUAGCAUUGAGGGAUUUUAUCAUGGAGGCCCAAAACAAAGCUAACAGUGUUGGUAAACAAUUCCAAGACCAAACAAGGAUCCGUUUUAUGCUGGAAACCAUGUUGGCAUUGAAGAACAAUGAUAUGCGAAAAAUUCCAGGCUAUGAUCCCGAACCUAUGGAAAAACUUCGAAAACUGCAAAGGAGUCUGAUUCAUAACAGCCGUGGUGACUUCCUCCUCCGUGCAACAUUAGAAAACCUACUGACAGCAGACCAAGUAGGACGGUGGUGGAUUGUGGGAUCUUCAUGGAGUGGUAUCCCCAUGAUUGAUAACACAAGUACUAAAAUACAGGAAAAAGUUGCUUUUAGAGAGGGAAGUGGAAAAAUUAUGGAGCUUGCCCGUAAACAAAGGAUGAAUACAGACAUACGGAAGAACAUCUUUUGUGUCAUGAUGACCAGUGAGGAUUAUUUGGAUGCUUUUGAAAAACUUUUAAGGCUUAGGCUGAAAGAUCAACAGGAAAGGGAGAUUAUUCAUGUUCUUGUUCACUGUUGCCUGCAAGAAAAAACAUUUAAUCCUUUCUAUGCUUUCCUGGUGAAAAAGUUCUGUGAAUAUGAUAGAAGAUUUCAGAUGACAUUCCAAUUCAACAUGUGGGAUCACUUCCGAGAAUUGAAGAGCAUGACCAAUGUGACAACCAUGAACUUGGUUCAUCUCCUUGUUCACCUUCUCAGCAGGAAAGUGGUAUCUCUGUCCAUCUUUAAGGUGAUUGAGUUCAGCGAACUGGAUAAACCUAAAGUCAGGUUCCUGCGCCAAAUUCUCCAUAAACUACUUAUGAACACAGAACCAGAAGAAUUAGUGGCAAUAUUUCAAAGGAUUUCUGGAAUUUCAAAGCUGGCAAUGUUGCGGGAAGGCCUGAAACUCUUCAUUACACACUUCUUAUUGAAGAAUGCCUCCAGCCUAGGGACUUCAGAACAAGCUAAUUUGCUUAAAGAACGUGUAAACAUAGCUGAAAAGGCUUUACAAACUAAAGAUACCGUAAUGAAAUUUUAACCAUCAAGCAUAGAAGAUUUUAUACCAACACGAAUUGGAAAACCUGUUUACAACUUUAUGUCCAACAAGCACCUAUCUCAGUAUUUGAACUUGUAAGAUCUGCAUUGUAAAACUGGAGAUACUUCAUGAUGCUGCAUUCAACAGAAAAUGUUUCAAGCUUCUACACUUGUAGAAACAACCACUGGGUGGUGUGUUUCAACCACAUCAAUAUCCUAUACCUGUAUACUUGUCUAGCUUUUCACCACGCCACUUUCAAUACUGGGUUGGUUCAGAUUACAACUUAUAUGUUUCUAUCUCCAUAGAAACUGCCAGUAAUACAUGUUCUGUUCAAGGAAGCCCUUAUAAAGAAAAAUACAGCCAACUUCUGUGUGAAAAUGAACUUUUAUUUUUAUAGUCACCAAGCUGGUUCUAUUGUGACCCACAUGAAAAUAUCAAGGAAGAUAGAUUAGGGCCUUAAAAUGAGUUUGUUGAAUUUGUUAUUGUUGAAUUUCCCUGAACUAAGGUGGAGAAAAUCAAUUGUGUUUCUGAAUGUUAUUCAGUGACUUAUUUGAAAAAUGUAUAUGUAGGCUAUCUGGUGAGAAUAGGAUAAAGCAGUAUACUCGCAUACCCCCCACAGUAUUCUAGAUAUUCAAUGCCUAGAAACAUUGCCAACAUCAUCCAUCUGCUGAUGAUCCUCAGCUAUGCCUCUUUGCUCCUCUCUUGAACUCGUCUCUGCCUUUGUCUAAUCAGAUUGCUUGUCUGAUACCAGUCCUGGAUGAGUUGCAAUUUCAUCCACCUUGCCAGCAACACUCACAUUCAUGAACAAAUAAUAAAAAGAAACUUUGAAAAACUGAAACCAUCAUCUUCAGCCCCUGCCACAAACUCCAUACUCUUGCCAAUGAUUCUGUCCCCUUUUCCAGUCAUUAACUCAAAUUGAACCAGAAAGUUUGCAACCUCCAUGUCCUCUUCGUUUCCAAACUGAGCUUCCAACCUCAUAAUCCCUCCAUCAUAAAGACUGUCUAUUUAAGAUCUGUAAUACUGUCCAUUUCACAUUUUGCCUUGGACCAUCUGCUGCUGAAACCCUCAUUCAUGUCAUUGUCACCUCUAGGCUUGACUAUUCCCAUGCACCCCUUACAGCCUCCCUUCUUCAAUCCAUGUUUCUGCUCAUCCAACCUCUGUUUGUGAUCUGCAACAAGUCCAACUUUUGCAUCACUCCUGUUCUUACUGGCCUCCAUUCGUUCCUCAUCCUCUGACACUUCUAACCAGAACCCUAGACCUGGCCAUUCCUGACUCUGACAUCUUGCAUAUACUCCCCUUCAUUCCACCAUUGGCCACUGUUCCUUCAACCAUCUAUGCUCCAAGCUCCGAAAUUCUUUGCCUUCCGGCAUUCUUCUUCUUUAACUCCCUCCUUAAAAUCCACCACUUUGACCAUAACUCCUCCUUUGGUUCAGUGCCCAUUUGUACCGAAUUGCAUCUUGAAAAUGUCUUGAGAUAUUUUUCUACAUUGAAGAUACCAUAUAAAUGCAAAUUAUUGUGGAAACUAUUAAAAACGUUAUGAAAAUU